AUGGUGCGGUUCACAUCGCUCUUCGCACGAGCUCUACCCUUUGCGGUAUUUGCGGUCGCCGCUCCGGCUGCAUCUACGCCGCCGCUUCGUAGACAGAUCGCAGGUGACGAAGCUUGUGCCGAGAUUGGAAGGGUCUACGACGAAGCAAGUUUGACAAACACUACAGACAAUGUUGUAGUGAAGCCUUCUCUGGCAUACCAGUGCCUUCGAUCAAUCUCAGUGGACGUUGAAAGAGAUACCGCGCUUGUUCACUAUUUGCGACCAUGGCUUGAAUACCAGAGUACCGUCGAUAUUCUUCUAGACCCUCCCGAAGAGUAUCUCUACCCGGGCGUCGAUAUCUUUGGUGGCCUCGACAACAUUACCCAGUCACUCGAGGAUGGGGGUUACGAGUCUCAAUUCGACUUCACUGUCGAUCUCUACAGGCUGAUUAACGUCAAGCCUCGGGAUGGGCACUUGUCCUGGUCGCCUGUUUUGGGUGUACUGAUCAGCUUUUCUACGCCAGCGUUGUUGUUGUUGUUGUUGUUGUAUUUAACGCCGUGGCGGCCGGGCUAG